AUCUGUUUCCGUACUUGCGCGUUGGCUGAGCUGUUUUGGCCCCGGGGAGGACCCGUAGCCUCAGCCUCGGCUGGCGUCCGUAGCCGGGAAACCCAGAACUCUAGCUUGAGGUCCGCGAUGUCGGGUGAAGACGUUCCGCACCGGGCAGAGUCCUCCGAGGCCCGUGCGGCCGCGGUCAGCGACAUCCAGGAUCUGAUGCGACGCAAGGAGGAGAUCGAGGCGGAGAUCAAGGCUAAUUACGACGUCCUGGAGAGCCAAAAAGGAAUUGGCAUGAACGAACCGCUGGUGGACUGUGAGGGCUAUCCCCGGGCGGAUGUGGACUUGUACCAGGUCCGAACAGCAAGGCACAACAUCAUCUGUCUCCAGAAUGAUCACAAGGCACUGAUGAAGCAAGUGGAGGAGGCCCUGCACCAGCUGCACGCUCGGGACAAAGAGAAGCAGGCUCGGGACAUGGCUGAAGCCCGAGAAGAGGCCAUGAACCGCAGGCUGGCCUCCAACAGCCCCGUCCUGCCCCAGGCCUUUGCCAGAGUGAACAGUAUCAGCCCCGGUUCCCCAGCCAGUAUUGCGGGCCUGCAAGUGGAUGACGAAAUUGUGGAGUUCGGCUCCGUGAACACCCAAAACUUCCAGUCAGUGCAGAACGUGGGCACUGUGGUGCAGCAUAGCGAGGGGAAGCCCCUGAAUGUGACGGUGAUCCGCAGAGGAGAGAAGCACCAGCUCAGACUGAUUCCAACCCGCUGGGCAGGAAAAGGACUGCUGGGCUGCAACAUUAUUCCUCUCCAGAGAUGACUGUUUCCUGGGAUCUGCCUGCAGGAAGCUGCCUCAGCUGGCCCCGUGCUUGGGCCUGGAGGCGUUUCCUCGUUCUCUAGGCUCCCUUAAGUGUAAGGAUCUGGAGAAGAAUGGUCGAAGCCUGGGCAUCGAGGUGGAAGAGACGCUUUGGCUGCCUGAUGUAAUCUCUCUGGGUUGAGGCAUUAUUAAAAGUGUGAUUUGUGCCUAGCUACGUCUUGUGCAAAUUAGGCCAUAGCCUGUCUGGGAAUUCUCUAGAUUAUGAGCCAGUGAGUGGGGAUGACUCUGGCGAGUAAUGAUUUGAUGUCAUUUUCCUUUUGGAGACGGACUCAGUGUGUAAUCCUGACUAUCCUGGAAUUCCCUGUGUAGACCAGGCUGGCCUUGAGCUGACAGAGAUCCCCCUGCCUCUGCCUCAUUAGUAUUGGGAUGAGAGGCAUAUACUGACAUGGCUGGCUAGACUCUGAGGAAUAUGUAUUAUACAUAUAUAAUUUAUACUUAUUUUUGAGAAUUUCGUACAUGCACAUAGUACAUUUCUAUAUUUCCUGUCAUCUCAAGUCCCUCUCAGACCUCCCCUCGUACCCACUUCCCAGGUUCUUGCCCUCUUUUGUUUUUUUUCUUUUUAAAUAAAUAACCUACUAAGUGCCAUUUGUGCUGUCAGUAUAUUCAUGGUGUGGGAUCUUCCACUGGAGGAAUGUGGUCAACCUUCCAGAGACCACACCCCUAACCUCCACAGGACUUGAGUACCCCUACUUUUUCUUGGAAGCAGGGUCUCAUGUAGCCCAGUCCAGCCUCAGAUUUGCCUUGAAGCUGAAGAUGUUCUCUUCUGCUGUCUCUCCCUCCAAUGUCCAACUGCAGUAUCACCCACCGCCUAGGGGUGGGGGCUUGCUGGAGACCGGAUCUCACAAGUUCAGACUGGCCUGGAGCUCAGUGUACCCGCACUGGCCUUACCCUUGGGAUCUUGCUGCCCUGGUCUCCUGGUAUUAUAGUGUAUGCCACCAAACCUUGUUACAGGUUAGAGAAACUGUCAGAUAAAGCCAGUCUUGUAGCUGUGUGAUUGUGACCACUGUCAGUCCCACCAGGAUGCCCUGUGAGCUCACAGCCAAGCCCAGGAGGAGUUGGGAAGGAAGUCCUGCGAAGCAAACGAGUUCCUGGGCCGCAGUCCGGUUGAUUCUUGGGUGGGAAACUGAAAGCCGGAGCUCAGACUCUAGGCAAGUGUCCCUCCGUGGGCUGAGCAGCUGGCAGUCUCUACCCUGGAGCAGUGCUUUGAGAGCCUGAUGCAUCCUCUGAGGCUGAGGCUGUGGAGUCACCGUAGCCCCAUUAAGAAAUCAGCAAAGACCAGGUGUGGUGGCUCAAACGUUUUAAUCCCAGCACUCAGGAGGCAGGGGCAGGCGGAUUUCUGAGUUAAGGCCAGCCUGGUCUACAGAGUGAGCUCCAGGACAGCCAAGGAAGGCUACACAGAAAAAUUCUGUCUCAAAACAAAAUUUGCAAAGGUCACAGGUCACGAGGCCUUGCAGGUUACCCAGUAUGAUAUUGGCUUCCUCUUCAGUAACCCACUGGAAACCAGCAAGCUUCCUUUACUUCUACAGUAAAAGACCCCGCAGAUGGGCCUGAUUUGGCUUUUAUAGUUGAGCCUCCCCACCGGGCGGUGGUGGUGUACACCUUUAAUCCCAGCACUCAGGAGGCAGAGAGAGGCAGGCAGAUCUCAGAGUUUGAGGCUAGCCUGGUCUACAGAGUGAGUUCCAGGACAGCCAGGGCUACACAGAGAAAACCUGUAUGGAAAACAAAAAUAAAACAAAUUUAAAAAACAAA